UCUUAGGAAAGGAGCAAUUUCUCUACAACACUUGUCUGAAGUUUUCUGCCCAAACAAGAGAGCUCUUCUCCACUGACAGUGGUGCAGCUCCCAAUGGAGGAGCAAACCGUUCCCAGCGAGGUGCCGGCAGCCCUAAAGCGCCUGGCCAAAUACAUAGUGCGUGGUUUCUAUGGCGUGGAGUGCUCCCUGGCCCUGGAUGCGCUGAUCCGCUACCCCUGUGUCAAAGAGGAUGACUUGUUACAGCUGCUCAAGUAUGAGCGUAAGCAACUGCGCACCGUGCUCAACACGCUCAAGGCGGACAAGCUGGUGAAGCUGCAGAUGCGAGUGGAAACAGGGCCUAACGGGAAGAGCAUGAGGCACAAUUACUAUUACAUCAAUUACAAGGUGCUGGUGGAUGUGGUAAAAUACAAACUGGAUCAGGUACGCCGGAAAAUAGAAGCGGAUGAGCGGGACUUAACCACCAGAUCCUCUUUUAAAUGUCCAUCCUGCUCUAGCACGUACACGGACCUUGAAGUCAAUCAGCUCUUUGAUGCAUUUACAGAAACUUUCCACUGCACUUACUGCAACACUGAAGUAGAGGAAGAUGGCUCAGCAUUUCCAAAGCACGAUGCUCGAACCUUGCUGGCCAAGUUCAACGAGCAGAUCGAGCCUGUCUUUGUGCUGCUGCGUGAGACUGAAGAUAUUGUGCUGCCCUAUGACUUGCUGGAGCCUCAGCCAACAGAAAUACCAGAAUUAUCAGAAAGCUUUGAUCCAAAGUUGGGCUCAAGUGUGCUGGAAUCCUGCAGCCGCCCUGAAAAAUGGGCACACAGAAGUUCUGCUUUUGGCCUUACAUACACCCAAAAGUUAACUAUUGAUGUCCAAGAUUCAAAGCACAAGAAGAAAAGAAGAGAAAAAGCAACUGAAAAGCAACCUAUCUGGUUGUCACAGAGCACUGUGGAAGGAACAGCAACACUCACGAACAAUAGAAGUGGAGUAAAUGCUUCUGAAGAAACUGAAGAAACUAUUAAAGAAACUGUCACUGAUAAUGAAAUCAUCAAGACUCUUCUGAUCCACGAAUCCAAGUCAUCUUCUAGCACAGAUCAGGCUCCUAUUGUCAAAUGCAAACUCCAUGGAUCACACAGCAGUAACAGUGAGUUUGAAGAGGAUGCAAAGCACUCAAGAGGUGCAGAAAUGAAAGCAGCAGGCAGCAACUUUGAACAAGAGGAGGAACAGGAAACUCUGGGUCCUAUUUUAAUGGUAGCUGGCCAGCCCUGUUCAUAUAGUGACAUUAGUGAAAACCCAGAGCUUGUGUCUCUCAUGACAAAGGAAGAGAGAGAUGUUUAUAUAAAAGUAGGACAAGAAAUGUUCCAGUCUGUCUUUGAGUAACUACUACUGUAGGAAUAGGCAACCUUGCAUAGAAUGGAUGAAGACUUCUGAUUUAUGUUCUUCAAAGUUUACUACUGAAGGGUUUUGUUUGAACUUGCUCUUAAGCAAGAUGGUAAUCCUGUAGUAGGUAACUACAGUUCAAAUAUUAUCACUGCAGCCACAGCAAGUGUUGUUUGUUGUUGUAAUGCUUAGACUUUGUGGAUGAUGUAAUUAGUUUUGGAGCAUGAAUCAUUUCAGGAUACGUUUGGAUCUGAUUAAAAUAACAUUUGAAAAGCAGUGAUGAAAUCUAUAGUAAGAAAUAAAUUAUUCCACCUUCCUCCCAGAAGUAACAGUUACUUCCAAUAGUGAAAAUAGUUCCAAAUCCAGUAUGACUUGGUUUCAUUCCAUACACAUGUUCCACUGGUUCAUUAGGUCACUCACUAUAAGACAGUAAGUAAAGGACAGGUGUCACAAGCAACCUCAUCCUAAGGGAAGAGUUGUUACUAAAUUGCAUUAGCAACAGAUGAGAAGCAGCUCUGGCCUCUGAAGUUUCAUCCUAAGAAUAAUUUUUCCAAUUUUUUGUACUCAGGGCACUACAGAACCAUCUUAAGUGGUGAACUAUGCAAGAGGCAUUGGACAGUAAAAUGUAACAUUUCAUUUUGGUCCAAUCAGUAAGGGAGUAAGCUACGUAUCAAGCACAAGACACUGCUUCUCCCAGCUCACUUCCAUAUUCCCCAGUGUUCUCUUUAAGCAAGAAAAAAAUUCUGCUUGAAAUAAACUACAUGAGUAAAAGGACUGGCAUUAGGCAUUAAGUGAGAAUUUAACUUCUUCAGCAGUUCUACUACUUGAGCAAGGGAUAAUGAAAGUAGACUAGAAGGGCACAAAACAAACCGCAGGAACGUUAGGAAACACUCCACUGUAUGAGUGACAAACACUUGCACAGGUUGCCCAGAGUGGUGGUAGUCUCCCACCAGGAAGAUACCCAAAAGCCACCUGAGCAAACAGCUCUGAGCGGCCCUGCUGGCACAAGAUGACCUCAAGAAGUCCCUGCUGACCAUUCCAUGGUUAAACAGUAGAGAGCAGGUAUGACCAAAGAAAUACAGGCAUUUUUCAUGUACACAUACUGUUGGUUUUGACAGGUAAUUUUCUUUUCAGUAGCUGGUGUGGGGCUGUUGUGAAUCUGUGCUGAAAAUAAAUGUGGGUAACACAGAGAUAUUUUCAUUACUGCUGAACAGCACUUGCAGAGUCCAGACUUUCCAGCUCAGCAGCCUGUGCCCCCAAGUGAGAAGGCUGGGGAUGCACAGUCAAGAGAGGACACUGUUAGUACAGCUGCCCCACAGUGACCAAAGCGCUACUCCACACCCUAGGGUAUCAUGCCCAGCAUACAGAGCUCAAAGAAGAUGGAACAGGGGAC